AUGUUACAUCUAAGAGCACGCCCUGCAGGGUUAUUUGAAAUUCAAAAUUAUCUCCACCGAAGCUACCUUCUGCUGACAAGAGGAGAUAUCAAAAUAGGUGCACACCUUUACCUGCUACGAACCCCACAAGUGUACUAUGUACAUCAUCUAACCAACCCUUCACCCAGCAUAAUGCAGUUCAUAUACACUGCCAUCGCUCUCGCCCUGGCUACCGCCAUUUCGGCCCAAAACAACUACCUCAUUAUGAGCUGCAACACCAGCCCCAUCCCCUGCCAGGAUGUCGGUAUCCCCUGCAACAAUGAAAACACCCCCUGGGCCUGUCCUGUCAGUAGUGACAGGGUGGAGCUCUUCUCAGCCAACUGCCGUAACAUCAAUGGGUAUCCCGAGGUUCGCGGAUCCGGCUUCACUUUGAGUGACGCUCGACAGACAGCCGGAUGCAAGGUCUAA